AUUUAAAGUAAUAUUGAUGUUAGAAAACAUAUGUGUAUAUAUAAAUGGUCAGUAUUAAUCGGAAUACUAAAAAAGUAUAUACAUACAUAUGUAUGCUUGGAUGUUGUAUAUGCGCGUGUUAGUUCCUGGAGUGUGCGCGGAAAAUGGCUGAAUCUUCAUUUCGAAAAUCCGAAAAACUUAAAAGGUCACUCGGUUAAUAAUUAAUUUGUUUAUUGCUUCAUAUUUUAUACUUAUUUUGAUAUUUCCUUAAAAAUCUCGUUGAUUUUUCAUUUAUUUUCUGAUUUUUGUUUGAAUACGAGAUCGUACGAAAAUAGAAACCUCUGUGUAAUACGAGCCGACUCCCUGAUAUAGAGCUUUCUCUCGGCGGGUUAUUUUUGACCGAUCCUACUUGUACUGUCCAGACGCCCGACAUAACAGAAAAAGCUUGUAAGCACGUUACAGAAGGUUUUCACGUUCUUAAGAUACCAGUAAAGCGUACAGUGCAUUUAUACUUCAUAGUGCAUCACGUAAAUAAGGUUAUGCUGAAUUUGACGAAAAAACGUAUACGCUGAAACAGUCUUAUUCGAUAAGAUUCUGUAGAAUAAAGUUAUCAUAAAUAGUUUUCAUUGUCGUUUCUUUUAAUACAAAAACUACCAUAAACAAGUAACUGAUAGUAUACGUAAUGUUUUUCAUGAGACAAAUAAAAAUAAUUACAAAACGUAGUUAACCUCACAUUGAUGAUAAUCUGUACGUGAGUGGUAAUGUACACAUGUUUGUGGAAAACGUUUGUGAUGGUACAACUUUAUUUUGGUCGCACCAAGUGAGUGUGUCAAAGGGCAAGGCUAGUUUUAAGAGGUUUGCUCUGGGAGUACUGCCAGUUGGCUUUUAGCUGUGACAUGUGAAAGUUAAACACUUUUUAAGAAGUAUCUGAUGCUGGUUAAUUAUUUGUGAGUUUCAUUUGAAAUAUCAACCCUACACAAAUAAAAAAAAAAUAUAUUAAGAUCGAGCAGAUAGUUUUGAAAUAUAAGUAAAAGGAAAAUUUAAUUUUUAAGUAGUAACAGAAUAAAUUGCAACAAUGAGUAUUCCGGAGGGUGUGAAAAAGUGCUUAGCAGUUUUAAAAUCUGUUGAAACUGACUCAGAAAAAUUUGCUGCACUAUUCAUGGUCACAAAAUUAGUGGACAGUAAAGAUUGCACAGCAGCAAUUAAAAAAAUGUUAUUUGAAGCAAUUGGAACAAAAUUCUUGAAAAAACUAUUAUCUCCUCAAGUAGUUCCUGUAGAUUGUCCUCCACAAGUGUAUAAAUCUGUAGCACUGUCUAUACUUUCUGCAUUUUGUGGAGAACCAGAACUGGCUUCUCAUCCUGAUAUGAUUGCUCAUGUACCUGCAUUGCUUGAAAUUAUCUCCCAAGCUGAUGAAGAUGCAGCUGAUGAUAUGUUAAUUAUUGUUAGCGAAGCCUAUACAUGCUUGCAAAAUAUAGCACAGUAUCCACCAGGACAGAAAGCUUUAAUUGAACAGAAAGCAAUCUCAAAAAUGUGUGAUAUCUAUUCAGAAAAGAGUUUUGAAACGGACAAAGCAUUAAAUAUUUUAGUCACAUUAGUGGGAAGAUUAGGUCCAGAAGCAUGGGAUGCAACAGAUACAGCACCAUUUCAUGCUAUUAUGAACAAAAUUGCAUUAGACUUUGAAACAGAUCAUACAGAAAGAAAAUUUCAAGUAUGUACAAUUUUACAAGCUUUAUUAAUGUCUUGUAGAAAAGACAUUAUUAAUGCAACUGUUAAGGAUGAAUCUUGGCCCCUCAGCAUCCAUAAAGCUUUAUGUGAUAUUCUUGGAUCAAAAAUAGGUAAAAAUCAACGUGACCCAGCAUUAAAACUUGCAUCUGUAAUGUUGGAUUUACUGGGAGCAGAAUGGACUUUAUUGGAUAAAGAUAAACCGAAAGUAUUUUUCUUGUUGUUGAUUCAAUUAGCAUCUAUAGAAGUUAGAAUGCAAAUAGAAGGAAAACAACUUAAAGCUGUUAUGACAAAUGCAGAUUUAAUCACAGCAUGUUUUGUUAUUCUUGAAAUUUCUCUUGCAUACAUUACAAAUGAUCAGUUGGAUUUAGAACAGAAAGAAAAGCAAUCGCUUUAUACAGCUUUAAAAGGAGCCUUUGCUGCAAUUAUAAGUUUAGUUUCAGCAGUUUCCAAGAUGAAAGAACUAACAGAUAUCAAAGAACGAGUAUUUAUCUGUGCUGUAGUAAGGGUGUUAGCUGCAUGGCUUGCCCAAGAAACAACCGCCAUGCGUCCGCAAGUUUAUGCGGUGCUGCCUUACAUUUUAACAGUAGCCAAUGAUACUUUUUACGCGUACCGAAAUAGAAAAUUAGCAGAGAAAGCCAAAGCAAAUGCUAAAACGAAAAAUGACGAAGGACCAUCAUCUGUAGAACCAGUUACUAAUGAUCCUUUAAGCGAGAUCGAUUUAUUAAGACUUUUAUUACCAGCUUUAUGUUAUUUGGCUGUAGAAGAAGAUGCUAGAAAGAUCUUAAUCAAACAUAAGCAAGAAGAAGUCUUGUUUGAAUGUUUAUCUUAUCACUGGACAAUUGUUCAUCACAAAAAACCACCAGUUCCUAGAUCAGAAAGAUUGAAAGCGUUGAAAGAACCCGAAAAGGAAGAAGAUUUAGAACUUCACGUGUCUGAAGCAAUGAAAGAUUCAAGAACAGCUAUGGUUUCUGUAUGCAAUGUUUUAAUGAAUAUUACUGUCCUAGAAGCAAAAUUAGUGGAAGAAUCACCAACAUUCAUUUCCUUAUUAAAAUUUAUUUUCAAUAAUCUCCCAGAACUUAAACAAAUCCCAGAGAAUUUAGUACUUCAUGGUCAUCUUGCAGUUCUGGGGUUAUUAUUAUUAAAACAACAAGCGAAACGUAUUAAGAAAAAUGAUUUCUCUAUAUGUCGGUAUAUUCAAGCUACUAUAAGAUUUUUGUGGGAUGCAUAUAUAAUUGAUGAAAGUAACGAUCCAACUGAACUUGUUGUCGCAAUGUCGUACAAAGAACGGUGGAUGGAAAUUAUGGAAUUGUGGUUUCUUGGAAUGCAAACAAUGGCUGGAGUUCUACAAGUUAUACCUUGGCUCUCACAAUUUACUCUUGAAUCAGGAUGGGCAGCAGAAAUUAUUGAAACCCUUAAAAAAGUAAAAAUAGGAAGCCUUCAACCAAAUGUAAAGUCUGCUUUUGAAGAUUUAUUAUGUCAUUUAGUGAAAGCAGACGAGAAUGUUCCCUCUGUUUUAAAGAAAUGUGGAGCUUUAACUGUAUGCAGAAAUCAUCGUAUGAUGGAGCUUGGAAAACAUCUUUUUGGAGAUUAAAAACAAUAUACAGAAUUUAAAUGAUUUGGAAUAAAAGAAUCAUAUACUGAUAGUAUAAUAUAUUAAUUUGUAUACUAAAGGGGUUUAUUGUAUUUUUAUGUUAUUAAACAGUAGAUUCUUAUGCGAAGACAUAAGAAUAUUUUGCAUGCUUUUUAUGUUUGGUAGGAAGUAUUCGAAAAAUUGCACUGUAAGAAAAAAUAAUUUGAAUUUUUACUCAAAAGGGCACUUUUAUUAUAUAUUUUCAUUUACUAUACAAUAUUUUUCAAAAUAUUUUAGUUACUAAAAUAACACAUAUUCUAAUAACAUGUUCUACCUACAUGUAUGUAAAACUAUAUACAAUCAUAGUUCAGACAUAAAUUUAGGUAGCAAUCAUGACUGGAAAUAGUUUUUUGGCAAGCCAAGGAACUACUAAAUAUUUCUGUGGAUUAAAUAGUUUCUGAAACUUAAAUAUUGAAAUACGUGUUAGAACUAAAUAUUUUUACAUUUUAUAAUAAACUGUAGACUAUUGAAAGUAUAUAUGUUAAAGAAUACUUAUAAUUAAUAUAAUUUCAAAGUGUAUAUACUUUUAAAAAUGUCUAUGUAUAAUGAAUGAUUUUGUAAAAUAACGUGGUCUUUCUAUUAAAUCGUUUUUUAAAGUA